UAAAGGAUGUGCCAAAAUAAGCAGCUAUGGGCCAGACGAUGAACACCUUUUCCACUGGUUGAUAGCAGUGGCUCACACAGCUCUGAAGAACCCUAAGAAGCAGCCUGGAGGGGAACGCUCAGUAGAACCACCAUGGAGACCGUUAAGAUAGCCUUACUCAUCUUCCUUCUAACCUCGCUCCAGCUCCUCACAACAGAUGCUUCUUCUGUUGCCGCACAAAAAUCAGCAGAACAUUCAACAACAGGCAAACCAUCAGAAACUACGACACCCGUCACGACUGUUCCUCUUUCCACUGUAAAGAACCUUGGUGCAAAUGUUACUGCAGCCAGCAUUACUGCAGCCAGCGUUACUGCAGCCAGCGUUACUGCAGCCAGCGUUACUGCAGCCAGCGUUACUGCAGCCAGCGUUACUGCAGCCAGCGUUACUGCAACCAGUGUGACCCCAACCAAGAAUUCUACCUGGAAUUCUACUACAUCAACAGUAACAGAAAAAACAAAAAUGUCAUCCUCACCCCAAGUUCCAGUGAAUUCCGCAUCUCCAUAUACUAAGGACAAUGGAACACAAGGGACCCAGGCCCCAACAACUGUUACCAAGAGUGACUCACUAAACAAAACCACCAUUUCUCACCUUACCAAAAAUCUCUCAGGUUCAGAGGAUGAAAAUACAGGUCAAGAUAGAGUCAAGGACAAUAAGAAUACGGAUCAAGAUGUCGAUAAGAACCUGCUGUGGAUUCUUUUGCCAGUCCUGGCACUUGUGGGGGCUGCUGUCGUGGUCCUUCUGAAAAGUAAAUGCAUGAAGGACCACGAUCACACAGAGAUAACUGAUAAUGGAACAGAAAAUGCCUCUUUCCAGAGCAGGCCGGACAACGCCAAAGACGGUGUCAUGCUUCUCGGGGUGAAGUCUUCAGGCGGUGAAGACAAUGCUGCUGCAAGAUAAAAGGGAUGCCAUCCCAUUCGAAAGGACCAAUGGAUGAGGACGAGCUCUUACAACCAAAAAAUGGUCCAGAUCCCUUCACCUUCAACGAUCUAAACCUUAUGGACUAUCUAAUACGGCGUCACAGAAUCACAAAAGUUACUAAAGUGGGAACAUUUGUAUAUGGUUUGUGAGUAUUGUAGGAUAUGGGGCUCUUAACUGAACACGUGUCUGUUAGAAGGUAUAGCAUGUUUUAUUAUGUACUUCAUUCAUUUAGUCAAGAAGGAAUUGUGAUUUUAAUUUAAUCAAGACCAACAUCCAGACAUUUUAGUCAGGAAAACGAUGCUGGAUUCUGAAUUAACAUGAAUAAAUUAACCCAAAUUCUCAUUGUCUGAGUGUAAGAUGAUUGUCUCACCCCUGUAUUCAAGAUACUGGUUUUGAUUUGAUUAAAUCACCCAAACAUGCAUGAAAUCCAAAUGUACUGAACCUGAAUUCAACACACAAUUCCUCGAUUUAAACCAGUUAGUGACCAGUACACAUGGUUAACAAGUGUUUGUAUGCUUUAAAUCGGUUUAAAAUAAUGAUUUAGUUUUCAGUGUAAAUGCCAGGAUUGUAAAGAUGAGCUGUUUUACCAGUAUGUUUCCUGCUUUUGAACAAGUUAUUUUGUAUAUUAGCUGUUGCUUGUCAGAAAACUUUUGUCAAAUGUUUCCCAAGGAGGGUUGGGUUUGUUUAAAUCACAGGUGUAUGUUUCCCAAGGAGGGUUGGGUUUGUUUGAAGCACAGAUGUAUGUUUUACAAGGAGGGUUGGGUUUGUUUAAAUCACAGAUGUAUGUUUCCCAAGGAGGGUUGGGUUUGUUUAAAUCACAGAUGUAUGUUUCCCAAGGAGGGUUGGGUUUGUUUAAAUCACAGAUGUAUGUUUCCCAAGGAGGGUUGGGUUUGUUUAAAUCACAGAUGUAUAUGUUUCCCAAGGAGGGUUGGGUUUGUUUAAAUCACAGAUGUAUGUUUCCCAAGGAGGGUUGGGUUUGUUUAAAUCACAGAUGUAUGUUUCCCAAGGAGGGUUGGGUUUGUUUAAAUCACAGAUGUAUAUGUUUCCCAAGGAGGGUUGGGUUUGUUUAAAUCACAGAUGUAUGUUUCCCAAGGAGGGUUGGGUUUGUUUAAAUCACAGAUGUAUGUUUCCCAAGGAGGGUUGGGUUUGUUUGAAUCACAGAUGUAUGUUUCCCAAGGAGGGUUGGGUUUGUUUAAAUCACAGAUGUAUGUUUCCCAGGGAGGGUUGGGUUUGUUUAAAUCACAGAUGUAUGUUUCCCAGGGAGGGUUGGGUUUGUUUAAAUCACAGAUGUAUGUUUCCCAAGGAGAGUUGGGUUUGUUUAAAUCACAGAUGUAUGUUUCCCAAGGAGGGUUGGGUUGGUUUAAAUCACAGAUGUAUGUUUCCCAAGGAGGGUUGGGUUUGUUUAAAUCACAGAUGUAUGUUUCCCAAGGAGGGUUGGGUUUGUUUAAAUCACAGAUGUAUGUUUUACAACAUUUGGGGUUAAAGCAAAUAAACUAAAUGUGUUUAUUUUUGUAAUGGAGCAAAUCCAUAAGAUUUCCCUCUGGUCAAAGAUUAUUUGAAUUUCUCAAAUACAGAACAGCGCUGUUUUACUGAU